AUGAAGCCGAGUAUUGUCAUGUUACAAAAUAACUUUAUUGUGUCUUUCGAGACUGUUUUACUAAGCUAUUAUAUACUACACCAAGCUGGCCCUACCAAAUACAAAGCWUUACCUUAUAUCCGAAAAACUACAGAUUUUAACGGACAGUCCAAUGACAAUUUAGGAAAAUCAGGAAGUGUCGUUAUGACACUCUUAGAACCAUAUCUUGAACAAGGCCAUACCGUAUUUGUCGAUAAUUGGUAUGCAAGUCCCGCUUUAUUUACAAAAUUACAACCAUUAAAAUGGCAUGACAAACGCGAUGUUUGGAUGAUAACAACUUGCCAUUCGGUAGACAUCGUUGAUAAAACUAAGAUAGAUUAUCGUACCGGACUACCAAGACAAAAACCGACCUGCGUCAUUGAUUAUAAUGCCAAUAUGGGAGCCGUUGACAACAUUGAUAUGGUUUCAAAAUCGGUUGAAUGUAUUUGUAAAAGCUUAAAAUGGUAUAAAAAAUACUUUUUUCACAUGCUAGACAUGAUURUGUGGGAUGCAUAUAGUUUAUUCCAAUCAGCAACUGCGACAAAAUUACCGUUUGCCAAAUUUCAUUCAACUCUUAUAAGACAAUUAUUGCAAACAUACGGGAAACAAACAUUAGAUAUGAGAUGUUCAGUUUCACGAAAUAAUAAUAAUCCUKAAAGACUUWCUGAAAGAGAACAAGAAACGACUUCCAAUUACUUCGUAGCACUUCGUACUUCAGUGUCAACUACUCAGUAA